AUGCAUCGGAAUAUUGUUGUUGUUAUUGUUAUUCAACUCGUCAUUUUGUUCACGAUCGACAUCGAAUGCCGACCGAACAACCUCCUCGAAGCGUAUUUCAAACACAGAGCAGCUCACAACUCGAUAAAUAACAAUGAUCGUCUUCUAAAAACCUCUGGCAGGAACCUAAUUGAUCCAGACUAUGACAUAGUUGAUGCCAGAGAACCUGGAAGUUUCGUAAAGCUUCGUGACUCAAAAGCAUGGUCUGGAUUGUCACAAGUCGUGUCUCCACAUCGAGAUGAAAUCAGAGCAUCUUCUAUGAUACAGCAUCUUCACGGCUACAGUAAGCGACUGGCUGGUCAUAUCGCUCGUGCUGCUGUUUGA